AUGAAGAAAACCGGAACAAUUCUUGAACCGGAAAAUGAAAUGGAUGAUGAACAAUUAGAAGAACAGGAGGAAGAAGAGGAGGAAGAGGAGGAAGAAGAGGGAGAGAGAGAGAAGGAGAAGGAGGAAGAAGAAAAAGAAGAAGAGGAAAAAAAGGAAGUCGAAAACAAACAAAAUAUAAUUAAUCGAAAGCCGCCAUUAUUGCUUAUUACACAACCAUCAGCACAAAAUUCACCAAAUCAUCUUACCACGGAAUUUACAUUUGAUGAUAAUAUCAAUUUUGGUAUUAUGCAAAACAAUGAUAUUAAUGAUGAUAGUGAUGACGAUGACGACGUUGAUGAUAGUGAUGAUGACAAUGAUGACAGUGAUGCUGCUGCUGAUGAUGAUGAUGAUGAUAAUGACGAUAAUGAUGAUGAUGGAAAUGCAAUAAUACUGAAUGCGCAAAAGGAUAAUAUUGAAAAUGAUGUGUCCGUUUCGGAAACAAUCGAAUUGCAACCGGAUGCUAGCAAAACGGAAGGGAAGCCAAGAGGUGAUCUUUAUUCAGUUUCAUUAUCGGAAAGCCGAAAACGUUUUAUUUCACCAAUUCCAUACUAUGAAAAUGAUUUUAACGAAGAAUUUAUUGUUGAAGUACCAACAAGAAAUAAUGAUAAUCGAGGACGUGUUUCGGAAAUUAUGGCAGUACCAGCACCAGUACUAACAACAUCAGUUAGCUAUGAUGGCAUGGAUGAUUGGGAUUCAACACAGGAAGAAUCGGUGGAAUCGUUAUCAGAUUAUGAAGAUAUUGAUGAUUUUAAUUCUGAAGAACGUCAUUCAAGAAAUAGAGAUGAUUUGGAAAAUGAUGAUUAUCGUCCAACAUCAUCAGGUUUUGGCGUUUAUUUCACUCCGAUUUCUUCACCUAUCGAUGACUAUGAUGAUAUACAGUAUCGAGAUAAUAUUGAUGUUGGUUUUACCCUAAAACUUGUUCAAAAAGCAGCAUUAAAGGAGACAAAUGAAGACGAUUUAUCGUCAUCUAGUGAAUUUUACGAUGAUUCAGAGUAUGAAGAAGAUUUAUGUAGAAGCGAUGAAAAUGAUGAUGAUGAUGUUGAUGAUGAUGAUGAUGAUGAUGAUGAUGAUAAUGAUAAUGAUAGUGAAUAUACGGAUGAUGAAGAGGAACUAGAUGAUGAUAUAUCGGAAGAUUUUUGUAUAACUGAAAAUAUUUCAAUUGAACCAUUAGAAUCUGCUGCAAUUGAUAGCGUUUCAUCAAUUUCAAUUCCACCUGUGGUAUCUGCAACAAUGCAAGAAGAUGAAAAUAUUGAAAUUGAAGAAAUCUGUGAUGAAAUAUUCGAUCAAUCGUUUUUGGUACCAGUGGAAAUAUUAUCAAAUGUAAAAGAAAUUGAAAUGGAAGAAAAUAAACCACCGGAAAAACGUCGUGAAAUAACGUAUGCACAAGAAAUUGAUUUACAACAAAAUGUUGAAAAAGCAUCGAAAUUUUCUAUCAAAAAAAUUAGUAAAGAUGAAGCGAUGGAGCAAAUAGCUGAAGGUGCAACUGAAAUAGCAAUUCGAAAAAUGACACCACAACAUGUGAUACCAAUUGAGGAAAAUAUUGAAAUAAUUGAAAUUAAUGAAUUGAAAAUUCAAAUGCCUGAACAAAUUAAUAUAAUUGUUGAGGAAAAUAAAAAUGAAAAAGGAAUUAAUCAAAUUGAAGUAGUACCAACAUAUGUUUGGCCAACAAUCGAGAAUUAUCCUACUGAUAGUGCUCGAACAUUUAUUGAACGAAAGCCAUGCACUGAUUGGGCUAAGAAAGCAAUCAUUUUAUCACCAAAAUUUGAAACUGCAAAAAUACAACAAACACAAAUUCAUUUUGAUAAAGAAAUAUUAACAAUAAAUGAUACAACAACAACAUCACUUACCGAUACACCAACAAAUUGUACAAAUAAAACAGCCAGCACUGGAUCUUCUAGGCCAACAUCUGCACUCUCAACUGUUUCAUCAAAUUCAGGCCAAAAAGAGGAUAAAUCAUUACUUCGAAAAUCAGUUAUUAAUAUGGCUAAAGAUGAUGCAAUAAAAGCUAAUGCAUUACAACAGGAAAAAUCAAAACAAAAUGCUAGAAGAUUUGGAAUUGUUAAUGCAUUAAGUGCAAAAUUCAAUUCACAAGAAAGUAAAUCAGAUGCAUAUACAUAUAAACGUUCACAAAUGUUAGCAAAGAAAGAUGAAGAAAGACCAAAACGUAUUUAUGCACCAAUUAUCAAACCAAUUAUAAAUGAUAAUUUUGAUAAACAAAUUGAAGAAAUUCGUUUGAAAAUGAAAACAGGUAGUAAAAUGUUAAGUUCACAAUUUACUGAAUUAAAAAAAGGUAUUGCAAUGGUAGCUGAUGAUGCAAGACGAGCAAUUCUUGAACAUAAACAUCAACAAUUAUUAACUGAAGCAGAUCAAACAUUUGGAAAAAUAGGUGAUGAUUUUCAAAAAUGGAAAGAGAAUCGAAUAAUUGAACAUCAAAAAGAAUUGAAAAAACAAGAAGAAAAAUUGCAUUGUGAAAAAGAAACAAUAAUGGAAGAAAUAAAAAAUCAUUCAAAUAUGGCGCAAACAGUAAAUGAACCAAAAAAGACAGUACGACGAUUAAAAUCAUCACAACAAGUUGAAAUGGCAAAUAAUCUGCCAAAUUUUGCUACAAAAUGUAAAACGAUAAAUUCAGGAAAAAAUUCCUCAUCGGAUGCACAAAUGAAGAUGAUGAUAAAGAAAAAUGUUGAAACAACAGAAGAAAAUACACCUGAAAAUGGUAUAACAACCACAAAGCAUCAAUUAUCAGCAACGAACAAUUGUGUUAUCAUAUCAUCGUCAAAUGCUUGUGAUAAUUCCACAUCAAAUGCAAAAAUAGAUUCUACGAUGUUAAAAGAAAGAAAGAUAUUAGGAAGUACUGAAAAUCGAGAAAUUCGAAAGUAUGGUACUAGAAAUAAAACACAGGAAUUGAUGAAUUUUGCUAAUGAAAAUGAAAUAAAUGAUGAAGAGCUUAAAAUACAUCGACAGAAUUGCAUACAUCGACGUAAUCGUUACAUUCGAAAACCAUUUGAUAUUGAUAUUUUACUUGGUUAUGAUAAAGAAAAUAGCUUCGAACAAUUUGAGGCACGCUUUGCUGCAUCAGGGCGUGAUAAAAGAGCAAUAACUGAUAAGAAUGAUAAGAAAGCUAAGAGACGACGAAAAGAAAGCAAGAAAAUUUGGAUUAGCGAAUUACGAGAUAUUGAUAAGAUUUAUAGAACAUCCGAAUUACGCGAUAUAAUUAAUUCAGUGCGAAUUUAA